AUGGCAAGAGCGGGAAGACAAAGCCAUUCAACUCCCAAGUCUAGCAAGCGAAAACAAUCUAUCUUAAGCUUUGGAGAUGAGAAGAGGCAAAAGGUCUAUCGGUGCCCGGAGUGUUAUAUGACGUUCUCACCCGCAGCUUGCGAAGACGUUGCUGCACAUGAAAGAUACCAUGAUUUGCACUUGUGUGGCCGUAAGUGGACCUCACAAUGGGGCGAUCUUAUUCAAGAGCACUCAUUGAGUAAAAGCCUUACGGGGGGCCUUCCAAAUUCUGCGGAAGAGUCGGGGAGGUCGUCCUCUCAACGCACAAGGACAUGCGAUUUUAAUGCCGAGAAAGAUCGCAUUGUUCAAAUCUCGAAAAGUAGGAGGAGUGAAGUUCAAGCAACUUUGGAGAUAAUGAGCAUAGUGAAUGAAGAGCUUCAUGCUCCUAUGAACGAAAACUUUUUUUGGAGCAAGCAUUGUGAAACUGAUGGAGGGCACGAAUCGCACCAGGCAAAUAAUAACGGUGUGGCAUUGGUCUAUGUUAGGGGUGGCCGUGCUAUCGGUGUGGUAACGGUUGAGUUUUUAAAUGAUGAAGAGCAACGCGGGAGGUGGAUGGUGUCUGAUACGGCUGAGAUAGUACCGAAGGUAAGACCGAUUUUCAGGCUCGGAAUUUCUCGAAUAUGGGUCUGUAGGCGUCAAAGAGGACAAAACGUUGCGACCCGACUUUUGGAUGCCACACGCCUUCAUGCCAUACCUGGAAUGGAGGUAGCCAAGUGGGAGUUGGCCUGGAGCCAGCCUAGCGAGAGCGGUGGAAAGCUCGCAAAGAGUUAUAACAGCGUCAGUCAUGAGAAGAGCGGAAGAAUUCUCAUUCCCUGCUACAUCUAG